AUGGAUUUCAUGACAGCAGACGCACCUGCGAAGCGUCGACCAGGCAGGCCCAAGGGAUCAAAAAAUAAGCCGAAUGCUGGGACGAAGGGAAGGCCGGUUGGUCGCCCGAGGAAGCAGCCACCUGUAUUUGGAGAGCCUAGUGGGGCCUCCGAUAAUUUUGCAGGAUCUGCCGGAAUCAACAAAUAUGCGACUUGUUCUCCACUCGCAUCCGCAACGCCUCGAAUUAGUGCAAACCCAACUAGAGUGCAAGUCGAAGGGGAAAUUCAACCACUUCAAACUCGAACGGUUUCAUCAUCGACACCGGUAACUUCACAAAAUGCAGAGGUUAGCACUAACACGAUGGAUGACAUUCCAACAGCAAGCCAACCAUCCGUGCAUGUGCACGCAUCUGACCUGUACACAACACGUGCCAGUGCGUUUGCUACAACAUCAGCAUCUCUUCACGAGUCCGAGCCUUUUUGCACCCCCCGGCCCACAGCAUCAUCCCCCAUACUCUCCGGUUUAACUUCCCUACUCGCUGCAGCACCAGCCCUACAAGGCCUGACUGAGCCCCUUCCGGAUGUGACCAUUGCGCAAGGGUUUGCACGCUCCCAUGGAUGUCGGCUUCGGUGCAGCAAUUCAGACUCGCAACUUACUGACAUUACGCGGAAGACUCUGAACUGGGCUAUGAAAGAUUUGCAACAUCACGCAGAGCAUUCGCGCUCUGUAGCACCGGUGUCAGUCACGGCUGAGCCCACACCGACAUCUUCCAUCACUCAGACCCUCCCGGCAGCCGUAUCACCCUCGGUGCCACUUGAGGCUGCGUCCAUGUCAGGUGAUGCCAGUGAUGACAUUUUCGAAAGGGAGCAUGACAAUAUCGACUCGGUGCUUGGGCUCGCGGACGAGUCCAAUGAUGAUCUAGAUGCACGUCCACUGUCCGGUGAUGACGAAAACGUUGAGGAUAGCGACAUGACAGCAGGUCGCCCUCACAAAGCACGAGCGAAGACCUCACUGCCAACAUGGCUGGCGAACGAUUACAAGGAUGUAUGCCAGACGCUGCGAGAAGAGAUCGUAUCGGCAGGAAAGCCUGUUUGCUAUCAAGCUGGGCAGUUUAUGCUGUGCCCGAAACAGCCAGUAUUUGCCGCAGAAGCUUCAUUCCAGCUUUCACCAGCAAUCUUUUACUCACCACAAUUUUUUGUAUGGCUGCUGCACCUGUUCCAUAGGAUCCCAUGCCCUGCAUGUAAGGUGGCUGGACGGCUUCAAAAGAACUCAUCUUUGGUUUUUCUCCGACGUCUCACGUGGUCAAACAGUCCCCGUCGUGUUGUCGAUCUCAAGUACAAUAUCUUUAUUAUAGGUUAUCGAUACUACUGCGGCCACCCAGACUGUCACAAAACAUACCAGAGCUGGUCACCUGACAUUCUGAACGUUCUUCCGGCUCCGCUCGCGCAGCAAUUCACCUUUCAUCUUACUUAUCAAAAUGGAUUAUCGGAUCAAGUUGUCGCCCUCUUGCGACUAUGUUUUCAGCGAGGACUAGGCCCUGUACCUUUUGCGGAGACACUGAGAACGAUGCAUGUACGACACUUCGAUCGCCUUCAUCUUCAAUAUCUCGAGAUGGUCAAGUUGUGCAUGCUCGCUGUUAAAACUGGAUUACUUGCACUGCAUGAAGAGUUUGGUGCCUGGGAUGACCCAAAAGGUUAUGCAGGUUAUGUCCCCUCAGCAAAAUAUCUUCACAGUUUCUAUGAUAUGCACAUUGAGAGCCAUGCUCCAGAAAUGGAUCAGUACACCGCAAUGCUUCCAGCAUGUGUUCUGAGCAUUGAUCAUAGCCAUAAGGUUCCAAAGCAUCUCGGAAAGGUGAAUGGCGAGGCCGUUUUUGGUGCACUGCAUACCGUUGUCAACGAGUAUGGAGAAUGUCGUGCCAUCAACUUCACACCAACAAAGGCUCACGAUCAGUUCAUGCCUGCAUUAUCACUCAUUCCUCACUCACUACGGAAGUAUGGUCAUACUGACGUGGAGCUUGUCUUCACUGACAAUGUGCAUGGGGACAAAGCGGAGCUUGAGCGGGUAUUUCCAUCUCUGUCGUCUCAGGUCUCUCCUGUGCCAAGUACAUCACAAACACACCUGGCACUUCCUAAUCUGUGGACUGUGGUCAUCCUGAGCCACACCUAUCAGCCAAUAUAUACCUAA